AUGAAAAUCAUACUGGGAUCGUUGGAUCACCAAUUACACGUUGAAAACUUUAUUAUUGAAUACCGUGGAAAUCAAGACGAAGUUAUGUGCUUCCUGCCAUUUCUUAAUCCAAAUUAUUUGAAAUUCAUAAAACUGAAGAACUGUGAGGCUAACAAUGCUUCUAUGUACCGAAUUUUGAAUCUUCCACAAGUCGUUCAAUGUAAUCGAGUUUGGGUUGAUGGUUUCCCACGAGUUCAAAUGAAACUAUUCUGGAAUAUCCCUAGAGUAAUUCUCACAAAAGUCAACUUUAGUUUUCACGAUAUAAGCCGACUCAUUCAGCAUUAUAUUCAACACGACACUUUUGAGUAUUUUUCUAUGGAAGGAGUCAGCGAUGACUGGUUUCCCGAUGACUCUGAUACUUUUAUUGAUGACAAAAACAGAAAAUCAAUGAUAGUUAAAGGAACGAAAUUCUCUAUCAAAAUCGUUCAGAAACGCGAGAAAAAACGAUUGUUCUAG